AUGGAAGACUAUGAUGAAUGCAAAGAGCGUCGGGAUGCCGAACUAGAGUUUGUAGAAAGUGCGUAUGCACCCGAAGAGGCAUAUUGUGAACGAGCUGAUGAUUCCAAGAAGCCGCCCAUUAUUGUUCGAAAAUUGAAGCUUCUGGACGAAGAGAGCAGUGACCAGCAAGGCUCUGUAAUCAUGCUUUCAAUGAUGUUGACCCUCCCAUUGGAUUACCCAAUUCACUCUCCAUUGGAGGUGGAUGUUUCUCUAGAUCAAGAUGGUUCCAGUGCUGGAGGGAAGAAUGCAACCUUGAUGAAAGCAGCGUUGAACGCCAUCCCACGUCUGAAUGAGAGUUGUCGUUCCAUCGCCAUGGAACAUCAAGAAGAGGAAUCUGUAUUUAUAGUCUUUAGUCAAGCUGAUGAAUGGAUACAAGACGAAUGGCCCAAUUUAUGUAGAGAGUAUCAGCAGGGAGGAGGAUCCAACAAGUCGUCACAGAGGAAUCCACACACCACGACAAAAGACAAACAACAAUCCAAGCAAUUGGUGCUAGGUCGACGACUCAUUUAUUCCCAUCACAUAAUUUCCAAAAUCAAACGUGGGGACAUGAAAUCACUGGCUUCUCAUUACAAACUCACGGGGUAUAUGAAGAUUGGGUGGCCCGGUUUAUUGAUUAUCGAAGGUUUGGAAGAGGACUGCAUUGCUUUUUACGAUGAGAUCCGACCUUGGAAUUGGCAGUAUUUGGUACUUCGGGGAGAGCAACAAGAAGUCGUAUCAAAGGUCAAGAAAAACAAUUGUGAAGGUGAUGAGGAUGAUGUUCUCCAGUCACAUCGAAAGUUUGAACGGUUCUUGGAAGUCGAAGACAUGUCACUGGUAGCCCAGCAUUGUCGAGAAGUUGGAUUGGAGAAUUUGUUUCGUACCAGUAUGAAGGUUUAUGAGAAUGAAGCAGAUGAUGCUACCACCAGCGAAGGAGAAUGGGGAGAACAAUCAAUGUCCUAUGGUGCCUUGGUGCACGUCGACCACAUGAACAAUCAAAAGGGAUAUCGCAAAUGGCUUCGAAAGACGAGUCAAGAAACCAAUUGCAAGGUUCUGAUAAAACAAUCCUAUCCAAACCAUGACUAUAAUGGACGCCCCAAAAUUGUAGUGGGCAUUAUAGGAGACUCACGAGAUCAAGUGGGAGGCUUUUUGAAACGAUGGAGGACCAGCAAGGUCGACUACGAUUCUCGGAAAAUAGCGUGCUACGAACGGCAAAUGACCAUUGUAGUGGAAGGUGAUUUGCCACAUUACUAUUACCAAAUCGAGGACAAUGGGAUUGAUUGGAAUCAAUCCAUGUCCGAAGAGAGUGUCAACCUUCCCGAAGAAAACCUUGCAGAAUAUCUUCAGUCAAUAGGAGGAGAUGAAUGGGAGGAAGCCUGGUGGAAAAUUUUGCGAGGAGGACUGAGCAAGCCUGCUAAUUCUUGA